AUGAGUAAGUACAGAAAAAGAGAGAAACAGUCUUCCGACGAAAGUGACUCGGAGGAAGAAACCCGGAGGGACAUCAAAGAACGUGAUGAAUUCGCAGAACGUCUUCUCCGGAAAGAUGAAGCAAAGACGCGUAAAAUUGCGAUGCCUGCGGGCUCGACAGCAGAAGCUGCCAAACGGCUGAAGUUAAUGGAGACUGAGUCCCGCGACAAGCUUCUACCGGAGCUCAGGAAGGCCUCGCGUCGGCAGUAUCUAGAGAAACGUAAAGCAGACAAAGUUGCCGAGUUGGAGGCCGACAUAAUCGACGACGAGUAUCUCUUCGACGAGGAAACGUUGACGGAGUCGGAGAAAAGGGCACUGGAGCACAAAAAGCAGUUACUGGUGCUGGCGAACGAGCAUGAAAAAGCGCGGAAUCUUGAACGUGUCCAGAGGUACCAUAUGCCUGAGGCCAAAGGAAAGGGUGAGAAAGAUGACACGGUAGUCGAUCUCACUGAGAAUGAGGCUCCUAUUUCUGAGCAGAGUAGGUGGGAAUCCCAGCAGAUGGGUUCUGCUGUUUAUAAAUUUGGAGCUAAGGACAAAAAGCGCACUGAGGACCAUGAGCUGCUGCUGGAUGAUGAAAUAGAGUUUAUUCAAGCGCUUCAGAUGCCUGGAUCUGACAAGAUCAAGAGGGAAGACGAGGAAGAAGCUAGUAGAACAGUCGAGAACAAUAAAUUGCAGUCAAUUCAAGAAACUCAGAGGAGUUUGCCUAUUUAUCCUUUUAAGAGAGAACUUAUCGAAGCCAUAAAGGAGCACCAGGUGCUCAUUAUCGAGGGAGAAACAGGGUCUGGUAAAACUACGCAGAUUCCACAAAGAGUCGCUGCGAUGUCCGUUGCUGCAAGAGUCGCUCAUGAGAUGGCUGUCAAACUUGGCAAUGAAGUCGGGUAUGCCAUCAGGUUCGAGGAUUGUACAUCACAACGUACAAAAAUAAAAUACAUGACUGACGGUACGAUGCACCGUGAGUUUCUCAGCGAUCCAACUCUUGACACUUACAGUGUCAUAAUAAUCGACGAGGCUCACGAGCGUACGCUACACACUGACAUCCUUUUUGGACUUGUCAAAGACAUAGCGCGUGAACGGAAAGACCUGAAGCUUCUCAUAUCAUCGGCAACUUUAGACGCCAAGAAGUUCAGCGAAUUUUUCGACGACGCUCCAAUAUUCCGGAUUCCUGGUCGACGCUACAAAGUCGAUAUUUACUACACAAAAGCACCAGAGGCUGACUACAUUGAUGCUUGUGUUGUUUCGAUUUUACAGAUCCAUGCGACUCAGCCGCGUGGAGAUAUUCUAGUCUUUCUUACAGGUCAAGAUGAUAUUGAGACUUGUCAGGAAAUUCUUCAAGAAAGAACAAUGCGGCUGAAAAUGAGCGAGUUGAUUAUUACACCAGUUUACGCCAAUCUUCCCAGUGAAAUGCAGAUUAAAAUUUUCCAGCCGACACCACCUAAUUCUCGGAAGGUUGUUCUAGCUACUAAUAUUGCAGAGACGUCGCUGACGAUAGACAAUAUUGUUUAUGUUAUUGAUGUUGGGUAUGCGAAGCAAAAUCACUUCAAUGCACGGACGGGAAUGGAGAGCUUGAUUACAGUUCCUAUCAGCAAAGCGUCGGCUAAUCAGCGCGCAGGAAGAGCUGGUCGAGUUGCUCCAGGAAAAUGCUUCCGUCUUUACACCGCUUGGGCUUAUCAACAUGAACUAGAGGACAAUACUAUCCCGGAGAUUCAAAGAAUAAAUCUUGGAAACGCAGUGUUGACUUUGAAAGCUCUGGGAAUUAACGACGUAGUAAAUUUUGACUAUUUAGACCCACCUCCGUCCGAAAUAUUGGUGCUUGCUUUGGAACAGCUGUACGCUCUGGGAGCAAUAAACCACAAGGGAGAGAUGACGAAGCUUGGUCGCAGGAUGGCAGAGUUUCCACUAGACCCGAUGAUGGCGAAGAUGCUGCUUGCGAGCGAGAAGUACAAAUGCUCCGAGGAAAUCGCUACGAUUGCGGCAAUGUUAUCAGUUACGGGAGCAGUUUUCUUCCGGCCUAAAGAUAAGAUAAUUUACGCGGAUACGGCGAAGAAAAAUUUCCACGUACCUGGAGGAGAUCAUCUGACGCUUCUAAAUGUCUAUAACCAGUGGCAGCAAUCAGAGUUCAGUACUCAUUGGUGUUACGAGAACUUUAUUCAGUACAAGUCGAUGAAAAGAGCUAGGGAUGUCAGAGAACAGCUCGUAGGACUGAUGCAGCGAGUGGAGAUGGAUAUAAUUUCUGGGAUCUCCGACACUGUUGCUAUUAGAAAAUCUAUCACUGCUGGGUAUUUUUACCACGUUGCUAGACUGUCGAAGAGCGGAAAUUACAAGACAGUCAAGCAUAACCAGACUGUGUCCAUUCAUCCGAACAGCUCUUUGUUCCAGGAGCUACCUCGGUGGAUCGUUUACCACGAACUUGUCGUCACUGCCAAGGAGUAUAUGAGGCAAGUGACGGAAAUCGAAAGUUCCUGGCUAGCCGAGGUCGCUCCUCACUAUUACAAGCCAAAGGAACUUGAAGAUUCGACAAAUAAAAAGAUGCCAAAAGUCGUUGGGAGAUCGGCGCUUAAUGGCACGUGA